AUGGACAGUGUUCCGUCAAUGUCUAAUGUGUGGCUAUACAUGCCACAACGGAAUUCCGUUCUUCGCCUCAUACAACUCACUCAUCCGUUUGUCACUUUUACGGGGGCAGAAUUCGUUCUCAUCGGAUACUUGGCCGACUACACUCACAUCUACCCCAUCUAUUGUGACAAAGUAUUCGAGAAUGAUCAGCCUUGGAUUCAUGUACUUCAACAGGUUGGAACGCUAGUUGUCCCCGGCGCGGGGGAUAUGCACCAUAUCCACAAUUUAUUCGCGACAACGUUGGAGAGCGGUGCCUACGUUCGAUCAAUCAAUUCUACCUGUUGCAGACCAGGUGUCAGAGGCUUAGCGCUUCCUUCGUGGUUGCUUCCAGAGUUGAACGCAUCGGUACAAUUCCAUCAUGCUCCGUUUCCAUUCGGAUAUCCACCUCCCGAGCAUCUCGUUGUCCCUGAUUCGUGUGCUGUGGAGACAGCCUCCUUUAGCGCAUCUAUGCCAUUUUCAUCGGGACAUCCACCCCUCAAGCACUUCGGUCUCGCUGAUCCGGUCCUUCAACAUGCUGCUGAAAUGCCUGUCAUUGGCACGUCUGCGCCAUGUUUGGAUUACACUGAUCUUGCAUACAGUGACUUCAACUUCUACGACCACUCCACUGGCUAUUCUGCAAGCGCCGUUGACGAGUAUCUCAUUCCAGAGGACACAAAUGAAACACAACUCGAGCUAGCCUUCGGUGAGCAGCAACACACCAUGUAUCCCAGCCUGGAAUGGAGAGACUCCACCAAUACCGGCGUGGACAAGAACAACCGCUCACAAAUACUUCGUUACAUGAGGAGGACGCCCUGGAAUCGAAUAAUCACGCUAACAAGUUUAAACAUGACUCACAAGACCUACGAGGACAUGGAGUCCCACCCAGUGAUCGCGAGGAUUUCAGAGACCGAAACCGUGUCUGCUGGAUGGCCUGUGCUUCGCUUAAGUCUGGUUAAGUCGUUCUCCAGUGCCAAAUCGGACCUAGGAAAAAUCCUGAAAGGUGCGAUGUCAGCGCACCCCGACUUUGCCGGUACCAAGACGAUCGAGAAGGCUAUCUCCUUCGUUCUGGCUCUUAACUCGGGCCAAUCCUCUCAGAUCCAGCAAGCAAUUUCGGACCUCAUAAGUCACCAGGUUUACCAUAUUCUACUUCUCAUGGUGAAGGAUGAAUUAAAGAAGAGGAAGAUCAUGAGCGAAGCCGAGGUCGGAAACGAAGCUGAGGCCGAGGUCGAGGUGAACAUCGAUAUCGACGCCAGCGCUAAUAUCCUGGAACCAGCGCCGAUGAAUGCCAUUAUCAUGGCGGCUCUAGACCAUAUGUACGAGCACCCACACAUGUAUCCAACGUUCUCGGAGGCCGUGAGGAGUCUCCCCUUCAUAACGAGUUCUAAUGUUCUUCAGAUCGCUGCAAAGUCGCGACUUGCGAAAAGCACUAUCUCUGACACUACUGGUGACAGGCGAAUGGUCCUGGAAGACGUUCGGCCUAUCGUUGUUCAGCCAAUCCCCUCUGAUCAGUUUGGCGCGCUUCCCAAUAGCAACGGCUUUAGUUCCCCGAAGUCUCUGAGAGUCGCGUGGGACUUGCCCAUGUCAUCAUUCUCGCGCAACUUGAAGAGCACACAUCGCACAGAGCUCGAAAUUGGCAGCGCAGUCAAACACUGCAUGGUAUUGAGAUACGAUCACAAGAGGUUCAAAUUCGCAUCAUGCCAUGGAGGAUCGCUGCCACUGAAAGGCAGGAAAGUUUUGACGCAAGUUGAUCUGUGGUUCGAUUCGAUAUACAGCGUCCCGUUCAAUCGGUCGCCGUCCCGCCCACGCGCCGUCCGGUCGUGA